AUGGAUAGAAGCUCUGCCGUCCUCACCUGUCCGGACUCUGAUGCGCCGUCACCCGUCCCGGUUCUGCUUCCCCCUCACGUGUCCUCUCCCGGGCGGCGGCGCGCUGCGGUCACAAUCGCCGGUGGCGUCAGCGCGGGCGGUGGCGGCCGUGGCCCAGGCAGCGCGGCUGUCCGGCGGCGGAGCGCAUGGGCGGCGCGGGCCGUGAGCUCGCGCGCGCCGCACGUGCUGGUGGACCCCGCGCCCGCCAGAACCAUCGUGGUGCUGUACCGCAACGGGGACCCGUUCUACGUGGGCCGCAAGUUCGCGCUGUCGCGGCGCCGCGUGGCCACCUUCGAGGCGCUGCUGGAGCAGCUGACUGAGCAGGUGGAGGCGCCCUUCGGUGCGCGGCGCCUCUUCACGCCGACGCGCGGGCGCCCGGUGAGCGAGCUGGACGCGCUGCAGGCCGGCGGCAAGUACGUGGCGGCCGGGCGCGAGCGCUUCAGGAAGCGGGAUUAUUUUAAUAUAGUUCCCAGCAAACCUGCAAAGAUGAGAAAGUUGAAGUAAAUCAAGCCUUUGGUACAUUGUGACAUAAACGUGCCUCCCAGGUGGCAAACAUUCCAUCGUUUAUCCCGACAAAUCAAUGUUUUCACAAAUGGAAGAUUAUUUAUCCCACCUGUAAAGAUUAUUAUACCCAAAUUCAGCCUGACGGAGUGGAACUGCGUGCUGGCCACGAUCAGAGAGAAGGUCUUUCCUCUGGGAGGCGUUCGAAAAUUAUUUACAAUGAAUGGGCAUCUUCUGGACAGCUCAAAGGAUCUGCAAGACAACCAGUUUUACGUUGGGGCAGGACUGGAGGCCUUCAAGUAUUUCCCUUAUUGGAAGUCCCCAAAGGUCCCUGGUGAAGUCUAACAAAAGUACUCCGACAUUGAGAAGUAUUCACGAAGAAAGAAAAAAGAGGAUCCCAAGGUGAAAGAAACUCAUAAAUAUGACAACAUUCCACCCAAAGCACUGGAUUCUAUUUUUUAUGCCAAAGAAGGAAAGAAGAAACCAAAGGCAGAACCUUUAAUCCAAAGCGGGGCAGAUGGUGCCGUGUAUGAAGCCCAGGCUCCUAACAAGGAGACCCAAGGAGCACCAGAAGUUAUGGGGGCCCCGGAUGUGCAUGUGGAGGUGCCUGUGGCCAGGUGGAAACCAGCCAAGAUAGUGAAAGAAGAGACACAUAGUCACAUGCCUAAUUUUGAAAGCAACAAGAUGCUGGAGGAGGAGCUGCAUGUCCACCUGAGACCCGGGCGGGGGCCCCUCCUCCUGGGUGCCUUCGCCACUGCGUUAAAGCACCGGCCUCCCAGGCUUCGCGAGGAUCGCGUGAGCCAGUCGGACAAGCACAGGCCCACGACCUGCGGCGGGCGGAUGUCCAUUUCCAGGAUUCCCGUGACCCGUGGCGCCCACCAGCGCCUUGGUUCUUUGUUGGAGAACAAAUACGCUUUGCGGGCAUAG